UUCCGCCGUAUUUAGCAGCGUAAAUCUUGCAAACUUUUUUAUAUUUGCAAUUUUAAAAUGAUUUAGUGUACAUUUAUAAAAUUAUAAUAUGUGUUAAAUGACCCUGGAAUUAGUUUAAAUAUAUUGGUUACCACAGCUACGGGGGGAGUUACAAUACAUUUGGCAACGUUCUCUCUUCUCUCUGCUGUAAUCCACCGCUCUCUAUUUUAUUCUUCUUUUAGAAAGUCGUGUAAGAGUAACAGUGGAUAUUUUCUUUUGCUGUUGGAGCAAACGGAGCACACAGAUCUGUGAUGGCGAAUACUGAUUUUCAACUGCAUUUUCAAGAAUUUGAAGAUGAUCAAAAUUUCAUUGAAAGUAACCGAGGUGCUACAACAGUGACCAUUGAUGACGCCAUCAAAUCUCGAAAACAACGAAGAGCUGCUGGAACUGUCUUCGAAGAUGAAGAGUUUGAUCCAUUGGACAAUGACGACAAAACUGAGCUUCUGUCGGGUCAAAGAAAAAGUGCUCCCUUUUGGACGUUUGAGUUCUAUCAAACAUUAUUCGAUGUGGAUACUCAUCAGGUAAAGGACAGAAUAUUUGGUUCAGUUCUGCCUUGGCCUGGGAAAAACUUUGUCGAGAUCUAUUUACGAAGUAACCCAGACCUGUAUGGACCUUUCUGGAUCUGUGCAACUCUUGUAUUUGCCAUCGCUAUUAGUGGAAAUAUCUCCAGUUUUCUCGUGAACAAGGGUCAGCCACAGUACAAAUAUGUGCCAGAUUUCAGGAAGGUAACCAUGGCUGCUACAGCAAUCUACACCUAUGCAUGGUUUGUACCAUUAGCUCUAUGGGGUUUUCUCAAAUGGCGAAAUAGGAAGGUCACAAGCCUGGUGUCCUACUCCUUUCUGCAGAUAGUCUGUGUCUAUGGUUACUCCCUCACCAUCUACAUUCCUGCUGUGAUACUGUGGAUAAUACCAAGUGAAAGGUUGAGGUGGUGCUCCAUUGUGGUAGCUUUGUGUCUCUCAGGAUCUGUUCUGGUAAUUACAUUCUUGCCGGCCAUGAGGGAUGAUAAACCACGGAUUACCGUUGCAAUUAUGUCUGCCAUUGUGAUUCUUCAUGUCCUUCUUGCAGUUGGUUGCAAGACAUACUUUUUCAGUACAAAUGAGAUGGAUCCAUCAGAGGAUCACAAUGACUCACUGAGAACAACCAACAUUUUAUCAACCACAAAGGCAAACUGAAUCAGAGCCGAGGGUAAAUAAAGGGCUUCAGUGGUGUGGCACUGAUAUUACAUACAAAUGUAAUUAUGACUAUGCAAGCUCUGCUGUUUUUGACUAACUUUGCAGUUGACAAGAUUUUUCAACAUGCUCACACUCGAGACAAGAAUUCCCAUACAUAAUCUCUGCUCUUCAAGCAAUUGUUAUUCUUCUGUAAUUGCAGCUUCUCCUCUUGCCUUAUUAGAGAGAAAAAGGUAUCUUGAUAAUGGGCUCGUAGGUUGUCUGAAUGUCACUUCAUCUUAAAAGUCUUUGUGAUAAAGUGUGAAGGUAAAAGCCAAAUUUUAGCAAAUGUUUGUGCAUGUGGGUGAGCUGGGUAACCUCUAGAUAAUCAUCUGUAACAUUACUAAUUUUCUUACCUGAGUUUUAGACACAUGUUACUGUACUGUAUAAGUAGAGGAUGUGUAUAUAGCUGUGGUUUAAAUAUUUAUGUGAUAAUUGAGCUUGAGAUGGUUUUCAUAAGGGUCACUCUCCUACCACUUCGGAACUUGUACAUACAGUUGAAAUGUCACAAACUUUACAGUGCUAUCUUGCAAAUCAGUCAUGCAAAUCGAGUUUAAGAAUACACACAUAAACUGGUCAGCUACUUUAGUUUUGAUGAAGCUGAAUGCCAAAGCUAGAUCACAGAAAUUGUUUCAAUUUGUACAAUCUUUUACAAUUGCUUUUGUGUGUUUUCUGAGAGAUUUGUUACUGUCUGUACAUGUAGAUACAAUGUCUCAGCCAAUUAACUGAUAACUGUGUUCCAAGAUAUCAUUUUGUAAUAAAUAUUUAGUAGUUUCUUCUGUUUAAAAUUGUAUAUGCACACCAAUCCAGAUUAAUUGGAAGUGAUGAGCAUAUGUGCAGAAGAGGAGGCUUUUUCCCCCAGAUAAUGUCUCUGUGAUAGCAGUGGAGAUUGUAGAAUUUGCUUCUCUGCACCAUCAAAAUACAAGGAACAAAGGUUCAUUGUCAUAGAUAAAAUCUAUCUUGUCUUUGAUGUCAGGAUCUGAUACAGUGCAGCGUUUCAUGUAUCUCAGUGUGCCAUCGUCAGUGCACUUUCAACCUUAAUCCAUCACUGUUAUUUGAAUUAGAUCAAUUAGUUUUUUACAAGGUGGCACCAGUGUUAUGAAAUGGCUGAGCUACAUUUUCCAAAUGAUCAAAAUAGAAAAU